AAAACUAAAUUUGCUUUUUCUUUUUCUUCUUCUUUCAUUGAGAUUUGGGCGUCUUAUUGAUUUUAAAAGUUUAUAGCCUUUAUAAAUAUAGUUUAGGUCAUAGACUAGAGAAACAGAGAGAUGGAUGAAUCAAUGAAAUUAGUUCAAGGUGAAGAAGGGUCUCAGGUAUUGAGAAAUUUGUUAAAAUGGCGAAUGGUCUUCUCUCACGUUUUUGUUUUUUUAACUAGGCGAGUUUGAUUGUCACACUGAAUAAAGUUUUCAUUUUUAAUAAUCUCAUCUCUUUCGUUAGUUUGAUGAAUUUAUUGAUGGGUUUUGGGGACCACGAGCUUUCAUUGUAUUACAACCCUAGCCUAGCUUCACUAUAGGAGGGGACCUUGAUUGGGAUCCAAACCUAACUUACUGUCACAUUUUUUUUUAUCUCCCAAUCUUUAUUGCUGCAGGGAUAUAUAGAUAGAUCCCUCUCUAAAUCUAAAUGGCUCUGCUUUGUGCCGUUUUGUUUGACUAUAGUGUUAAAAACUCAACUGUGUAAAGACAGUUGUAAGCUUUUUUAGCCUUCAAGUUAGUUAGUGAAUGAACCUUACUAUAAGUACACAAAGGAGGAAUGGGUAUUGGAAAGAGUUUGCAACUACAAUGUGUAUUAGUAGAUCAUGUGUUUCUUGACAAGUUUGAUUGAUUACUUGAGGGCAAUUUGAUAUUUGUGUGUGUGUGUGGACUGUGGGCCUAUUCACUAAAUGCCACUUUAGUUUUUGUGUGAUGGAGAGCACAAAGAUGAAAAAAAGGAAUACCCUUCCUCUUACUCUUUUUGCUGGUCUGGGUGAAACAUUGAAAAGUCUUUCUUCCUCAAGUUUAUGAUAAAAGUGGGAGCAAUAAACGCUCUGCUGACCCUUGUCUGCUUCAUUGACAAUUCUCUCUAGAAUUGAUUUUUCCUUCUUUCUUGUGGUAUUGUUAGUUGAGAGGGUAUCUUCUAUCGGUUAGGACUAUUUGCUCUGGCUUUGGUGGUAGGUCUAUGAAAUCAACCCAUAUCUUGAAUGGACUGCAACAUGGUAUCUCCGUUCCAGUGGGACUGGGAGAACUUGAUCAUGUCAAAUCCUUCAAGGACUGAAAAUGACAACAAGCAGCUAUCUACUGAGUGGGAAACUGAAAAAGGUGAUGGCAUCGAAUCUAUUGUUCCAGAUUUCUUAGGCUUUGAGAGAGUCAGUAGUGGCUCUGCCACCAGUUUCUGGCACACUGCUGUAUCCAAAAGCUCACAGUCAACCUCUACCAACUCAUCAUCUCCCAAUGUCAAACGAUGCAAGCUUGCAUCAGAAAGUUCCCCUGCUGAUUCUUGCAACAACAUCGAUUUUGUCCACGUGAAGGCAACCACAGCUCUCGACGCAUCUCUUGCCUCAGCUGAAUCAGAUCUUUGUUUAAAACUAGGAAAGCAGGCAUACUCUGAAGAAUUUUGGGGUAGAAACAACAAUGAAAUUUCCGCCGUUUCCAUGAAAUUGUUGACUCCAUCUGUUGUUGCUCGGAAGAAAUCCAAAUCGUGUGGUCAGAGCAUGCAAGUCCCGCGUUGCCAAAUUGAUGGCUGUGACCUCGAUCUCUCAUCUGCUAAGGAUUAUCAUCGUAAGCAUAAAGUCUGCGAAAAGCAUUCAAAGUGCCCAAGAGUUACCGUGAGUGGCCUAGAACGUCGAUUCUGCCAACAAUGUAGCAGGUUCCAUGCCGUCUCUGAAUUUGAUGAGAAGAAACGAAGCUGCCGAAAACGUCUUUCUCAUCACAAUGCGAGGCGUCGCAAGCCACAAGGAUUAUUUUCAAUGAAUCCAGAGAGGGUGUACGAUCGAAGACAGCAUUCAAAUAUGUUGUGGAAUGGGUUGUCCCUUAACACAAACUCUAAAGAAAAGUAUGAAUGGGAAACCACUUAUGAUACAAAGCCUAGGCAGGCGGAAAGCGGCUUUACUCUUAGCUUCCAGAGAGGUAAUGGCUCUGAGGAGCAGUUGGUUGGUAGUAGCAGUCGUUCUUUCUCUACAUUUCAAACCUCAGGCGGGUUCUCAGUUGGGAAGUCCAAGUUCCAACUUCAAGGCCAAGGUGUGGGAGAAUACUCAGGAGUCCUCCAUGAAUCUCAAGAUUUCCACCGUGCUCUCUCUCUUCUGUCAACCUCUUCGGAUCCCCUGGCUCAACCACAUGCGCAUCCACUUCCUCUACCUUUUUCAUAUGAUGUCGUACCAAAUAGAUGAGUAAGUAAAUUUAAUUUAAAAUUUGUAAGCAUAUUACUGUUGGUGGAUACUUUUCCAAACCUAUUAAAACAACUUCAUCCUGGAUCCCCUAGAAUGCCAAACUUCGGCGACUAUGUAAUCAUCAUCCUUGUACCGCACUCUAGUAACAAAGCCGUCUCUCUUUGCAAAGUAUCUUUAUUGACUCUGUAAGAAUUUAUUAAAGGCUGCUGAAAAUUCACGUUUCUCA